AUGACCGAUAUACCCAAAUACAAUGGGACAACCGACCCUAACAAGCAUAUUACUUCAUACACUUGCGAGAUAAAAGGAAAUGACUUGAAUGAUUAUGAGAUCGAAUCAGUUUUGUUGAAAACGUUUGAAGAAACACUGUGGAAAGGAGCUAUGAUUUGGUACCACAACUUGCCUCCUAAUUCUGUUGAUUUGUUUGCUAUGUUAGCAGACGCCUUCGUGAAAGCACACACCGGGGCCAUAAAGGUGGCAACGAGUAAAUCGGACGUCUUCAAGAUAAAACAAAGGAAUGACGAGAUGUUGAGGGAGUUUAUGUCUAGGUUUCAGAUGGAGAGAAUGAAAUUACCACCGUCUAAGAUUAGGGUUGAGGACGACCAGUUGGGAGCCCCCUCAAGCUCAGUUCAUCCUAACAUACUGAUGGCUAAGCCCCCAAGGGAUACAGACAGGGAAUCACGAUUUAACAAAGAAUGGUAUCAGACAUAUGUCGAUAGGAGGAACAACGGCUCAAGUCGUAACACUCCUCGAAAAGAUCGGAGAAAUGAUCGAGGUCAAAGUUCUUGGGGACUCGCACCUCGAUUGUCAGAGUAUAACUUCAGUGUAGAUGCAUCAGGGAUCGUGUCAGCUAUUAGAAGGAUCAAAGACACUAGGUGGCCUAGGCCUAUACAAACAGAUCCCUCUCAAAGGAAUCCAAACUUAAUGUACAAGUAUCAUGGCACACAUGGCCAUAAAUCCGAAGGCUGUAAGCAACUAAGGGAGGAGCUUCGCAAACAUAAUCAAAUUGAGAGUCGUAGAACAGCUCUGCCUGCAAGAUCAGAUUGUACCUGCAUCCCGGGUUAUAAAUGGCUUCAACAUGGCAAGCGAAACAACAAAGGGCGAGAUUAUCCUGCUAGUAAAUGUAGCCAGGACUGUGCAAGAUACUAA